AUGCCUCUGUUUUUGGUCAGAACUGCUUCGAUCCAAAGAGAGAGUGUCUUGAUGUUUGUCGGAUUGAUUUUGCUCAAUGUCGACUUUUAUGCGAGACUGAAUAUUGUCAAUCAGUUUGUGAUUCGCAAUACAAAGAUUGCAAUGACUCUUGUGAUGAUCUUCGAAUUACAAAAGAUGGGCGAAGACAAGGAAUUGUUACCAUAUGGGAUGGUUAUGCAACAGUUGUGA